AAGAAGAGAACUGCAUAAUGAAUGAAACUGUUUACGUUACAUUACCUAUCCGGAUUAUUGUUAUAAUUGAAGGAAUAAUUGGUACAAUAUUCAAUAUGGUUGCGAUAGUUGUAAUUUUUAAAGUGACCAUAGGUUCUAAAUUCACUUCAUUCUUACUAAGAACUCAAUCUUUACUUGACUUCAGUGCAUGUUUCUCAGCAGCUAUUUAUUAUAUAAUUCAAUCCACCAAUAUAUAUAACAAACAUACUGGCUUAUACAUAAUCGACAUCCUAAUAUGUCAUUUAUGGUUUCGAAAUGCGUCUUUCUGGUUAUUUUGUAUCAUGAGUGUGCAAAAUCUAGUUUGUAUAUCAUUGGAUCGAGUGAGUUCUGUUCUAUUUCUUAGAUCACUUAAAGCAUAUACGAAUAGAUUCUUCGUACUUUAUUUUCUUUACAUGCUCAGUAUGUUUUUAAUUUUGUACAUACCUACACCACUUCUUCGUCGUUAUACUGAUAGCCAAUGUGUUAUGGAUUUUUCAUUCCCCUGGAUUCAAACAAGAGCAUUUCUUGAUUACAUUGUAUACUCCUGGAUUGUGUUGGAGUACUUUGUGCCAGUUUUAGUUAUGUUGAUCAGUCAUGCAUGGGUCAUAUUUAUUAUUAGAAAAUCUCAGUCAUCUCGUCUUAGUGAUGCAUCACAAAAUGAGGAGUCUAGUUUACAAAUUAAACGUACAGUGAUUCAGUUAGUGAUUACAACAGCAAUAAUGUCUUGUCAACAAGCUAUAUUACACUCAUUUGAAUGCAUAAGUCAAAUAUUAAUCAUAUGUGAAGUUGUAGUUUACAUUUAUGGUACUCCGAUUGAACAAAUGGGUACAAUACUUAUAUUGUUUGGAUGUUCUUCUAAUCCAUGUAUUCUUAUCUUCAGCACAACUACAUUGAGAAGAUAUUUAUUGUCACUAAUUAAAGGUAAAAAACAAAACUUGUCCAGUAUUGAAACAUACGGGCGAACAGAAUAUAUUCAGCACUAAGAGUAUAUGAACAUAUUAAUUUUAAUCAUCGUUUAAAUCGAUAAUACUUACCACAUUACAAUCAGUGUUGUACAGUGAGUGAACUGGAUUUUCUGUUGUCCUAUUAUUCACGAACGUAUUUUUCUGAUGUCAAAACACAAUCUACCCAUCUAUAUAGUUUAAUUUUCUAAUAACACUGUUUGUCUAUCGACUAUUUUGCCUAUCUGUAAUCUGAUUGACCUUAAUAGAGCAGUAGUUGUCAUUUGAUAUACAUUUGCAUGUAUCUGAACUAACUGUCAUAUUCGCGUCUAAUAAUAGUUAUUCCACUCAGUUGUUCCUGAUAUUUUCUAACAGUC